CUGUCUAUGAAAUGCUAAUGUUUUUAUUUAGGGAAAAGGCAAGCGGCGACGGAGGGCGAAAGGACGUAAACGAAAAAAUCAGUCAAGUCUUAUGAUCACAAACGAGGAUGGGACGGAUUUUACCGGGAGCAGUGCUGUUAAGCACAGUAAGAUAAAUCUACGUCCUACCAAUAACCCACUUCUCAACGCGCCGAAGAACUCGACCCAGUUUAUUAUUGACGACCAUGAGAACUCGAAUUUGUUUUGGAAUUUUGAGGCAGGGCCGGAUGGAGAAGCGGAGCAGCAGAUGGGUCGUGCUGGGCAGUUUUUCGGGGAACAAGACAACGAGAGGUAUUCUCCAGACGAUGAAAGUUUCUGGACGGAAUACAGUGCUCGGGAUUUCGAAGAUGUUUACGAGAACGCCCACCAGGAGGAGAUCUACGGCUGGGAGAAGGAGAGGAUUGUCAGAGAGAUAGCAGAGAUGGAGGGGAGACAGAAGAAAUUAAUUGAAAUGUUGGCAGCCAUUGAUCCUGUUAUAUACCUAGAGAAGCUGCAGCAUGAGCUGAUCUCCCUGCAGGAGGUAAAUAAGAAGCUUAAGCUAAUCAACAUUGCAGAGAGACUUCACAGACAAGAGAGAGCAAAUCCAGAUGAUUCAGUUUCCGACUCUUCCAACUCAGGUUCAGAUUCAGACACAGAUACAGACACAGAUUCAGACUCAGAUUCUGAAUCUGAUUCAGAUCCAGACUCUGAUUCAGACUCCAGGUUGCCAGACAGCACCUCUCAGGAGGGCGAGGCUAGAGACGAGGAUGAGGUUGAGGAUGGAGGUUGCUCUUCUGGAUGUUGUCUAGCAGAUCCCUGUGAUGAAGGAUGUCUAGAUGAUCAGCAUCUGUCAGAUGUAGAAGAAGAUGAUCAAGAUAAUAAUCCUAGUCAGAAUUUAGCAAUUAGAAGUAGGUCAGUUAAACCCAAUCUUUCUGUAGAUAGUGUUCCUGGUUCGGCUCUUAGUGUAGAUUAUCUAUCUACCCCUCCUCCUAAACAGGAGAGGGUUCAAGUCUUACCAUCUACCUCUCUUGGAGUAGAAGAGACGGUACCUAACCUAUUACCGUUUAAGCCUAGCAAAGAAGAGGAUAUUGCAGAAAACUCAAUAGAAGUAGAAUCUAAUCAGAUGGAAGAAGGAGGUGCACUUGUCACAGGAGAAGGGGACUUAAUCUCCAAACCUAGAGAAGGAGAUAUGGAAGGAGUAACUCCUAUAGAAGAAGCAUCCAACCCCCAACCAAUCUCCAAACACGGAGAAGGGGAGUUCAAUAAAGAGGAAUUGAACCAUACACCUGGAGAAGGGGAAAUGGAACACAAUCUCUACCCUUCACAAGUAGAGAAAGUAGAUGAAAAUGAAUCUAGAGAUGGUAUAGUAUUCGAGAAAUCCUCCAUUUCAUCUAAUAAUGAGACUAUUGCAUCCGACAAUGAACUUAAGAUGGAGGAAAAUGGAGGAGUAAAUGGUUUAGAUGUUGUGAAUUCAGGACAAUAUACUACAGAUCAGUCAGAACUGUUAGAGCAGCUGCAAUCAGGUUCCCUGCACUAACAGAUACUGUUAGUACAGCUGUUAUCUGGUGCCGCAUCUGUUAGUACAUUUAUCAACAGAUAACAGCAUUCACUAGUCCUUAAUUUUAAGUACUACCUCUGAAAUGAUCAAUUGUUGAAUUAUAGUUAAUGUUUGCAAAUUGUGUCAAUAUUGAGUCAAGUAUCAAAAUAAAGAAGUUAUUUUUUGUAAAAAA